AACACCACAAAUAAUAAAAAAUGAAAACCAAAUGUUUCAGGAUAUCACUCUAUAUCACACAAAGGUAAUUUAAAGAUGCUGCUAUUCUUACCCGGAUUUAUACGUUUUCUCAGAAUCGUCUGUACCACCAUACUGUUACUGUCAAUCUGGCACAAGCACAGACUGCACGAUCCAUAUAGGAAACCUCUAGCCUGAAUGAUUCUUUGCAAGAAUUACUCAGUGUGUCUUCAAAAUCUACUCAAAGUCAGAUUUAUAUGCUUUCUCAGAAUCGUCUGUACCAUACUGUUACUGUCAAUCUGGCACAAGCACAGACUGCACGAUCCAUAUAGGAAACCUCUAGCCUGAAUGAUUCUAUGCAAGAAUUACGCAGUGUGUCUUCAAAAUCUACUCAAAGGGUCCAAUAAUGGCACCACCUUCAAAUUCUAAAAAACACAAGUCAGGAGCAUUUAAAAGAAAAGAAUGUUUUAAAAAGAAGAAGGAGCAACAGCUUAUAUCAAAGCAUGCUACCCACUUUUGGUCAGAAUACAGAAGUAAAGCAAAAUCACAGUUUCCUGAAAGACCUCAAUCAAGUAAAAAGGAUGUACUUUUGAAUGAUAUUGUUGAAGUGACUGCAACACCUAAGCAUAUUGUUGAAGUGACUGCAACACCUAAGCAUAUUGUUGAAGUGACUGCAAGCCCUAAGCAUAUUGUUGAAGUGACUGCAAGCCCUAAGCAUAUUGUUGAAGUGACUGCAAGCCCUAAGCACACAUCACAAGAUGAGUUUGUUAUAACUUUGUCUGAGACAACAGAUAUAUGUCAUGUAAUAGUGCAGAGUGAAAUUACAGAGUUAGACAAAGAAAAUGAUACAGAGUUUGCAUUCAUUGAUGUACAAAUUUGUUCUGAAACUGGUGAAAUAGAUGAUGUUGCUUCUUCUACAGCUGCUUCUAUAGCAAGUAUUUCCAAUAGUGACCAAGACAAAGUUGUGGCUUCUACUGAUCCUGCUUUGUGGCCAAAGCAAAAUAAAAAUUUGCUGCAGGAAUAUUGGUGUCGCCAUGGUCCAGAAAUGUGUAAAAAUCUUACCGGAGAGUACAGUGUUUCAGAAAGACGUUAUUCUGGUGGUGUGAAACGUUCUUUCACUUGCGAAAUGGUAGAGCGUAUAAUGCCAAAUGGAGAAACUGCAAAGAAGCUUCAUUAUCUAUUCACCUUCUGAGGGAAACAUUUUUUGUUUUUACUGUCGACUCUUUUCAAACAAAAGUACAGCACUUUCUAACUAUGGCUUUAGUGACUGGAAGCAUGCAACAGAGAGCCUCAUACACCAUGAAAAUAGUGCAGAACAUCAGUGGUGUGUAAAAGCCUAUAUUAAAAGGUGCCAUGUACAAGGUAGAAUUGAUUCUGAAGUACAAAAGGCACUUGAAAUCCAGGAGUGUUAUUGGAAAGAUGUCUUGAGACGUGUUGUGGCCACAGUGAAAUUUCUCUCCCAGUAUGGUUUACCCUUUCGUGGCACAGUAGAAAGAUUUGGCUCCCCAAAUAAUGGUGUAUACCUUGGGUCUCUUGAAUACUUGGCUCAGUUUGAUCCAUUCAUAGCUGCACACAUAGAAAAGCAUGGUAACAAAGGGUGAGGUAACCCUUCUUAUCUGUCUUUGAAUAUCUGUGAAGAGAUUAUUGUCAUGAUGGGUCACAAAGUUCAGGACCAAAUUGUUAAAGAAAUAAUAUCUGCAAAAUAUUAUUCUUUAUGUGUGGACUCCACUCCAGAUGUAAAUCAUGUAGAUCAGCUGACAUUUACAGUUCGCUUUGUCAACAAGUGCACUGGUGAACCAGCAGAGCGAUUUCUGCGAUUUGUACCAAUUCAUUCACACACUGGAGCAUCUUUGGCAAAUACCAUAUUAAAGACUCUUGAAGAACAUAAAAUACCAAUCAAAGAUUGCAGGGGUCAAUAACGGAGUAAAGGCUCAUAUUCAGAAAGUGAACCCACUAGCUGAAUAUGUGCCUUGCAGUGCACACUCCCUUAAUCUUGUUGGCCAGCGAGCUGUAAGUGUCUGUCCCACUGCAGCUGAAUUUUUUUCAGUUGUGCAGCUAUUGUAUGAUUUUUUCUCGGGUUCUACACACCGCUGGGAAUUGCUACUUGGUCACUUAAAGCCAAAUUAGAAAGGUAGAGUUUUGACACUAAAACAGCUUGGAGACACACGAUGGUCGUCUCAUGCAAAUGCUGUUAAAGCUUUAUUUCAGAACUACUGCAACAUACUGCAGUGUUUAAAAAAAUUGAAAGUAAUGAAGAAGAAUAUGUAGACACACGUAAGCUUGCAAAGCCAUUAGUUACAAAAAUGGAAAAAUUGGAAAACGUCAUCAUGUGCAUUCUUUGGAACAGAAUUCUGGAGCAAUUUAACUUAACAAGUAUUUACUUACAGUCUAGUACCAUAAACCUUGGUACAGCUACCAACAUGCUGAGGUCCCUGGAAACAUAUGUUGCAAGUCUCAGAGAUGAAUUUGAGAAGAUCUGUACUGAUGCUUCAUUUCUCAUGCCCAACAGUAAUUUUGAGACCAUCAGGCUUCGUAAACGGAAAGCCUUUUUUGAUGAGAAGGAAAAAGGAAAUGUUGUUCUUCAAGGCUCUAAAAAGUUCAAAGUGGAAUCAUUCAAUAUCAUAAUUGACACACUUGUCACCUGUCUUCAGGAAAGAAUAAAAGCAUACACAUCAUUGGAUAAUCGAUUUGGAUUCCUAGAUGAUCUUGCUUUUAGAAAGCUAGAUUUGUUGAGAACAAAUGCAUUCAAUCUUCAACAGGCAUAUCCAAGUGAUUUGGAGCUCACAUUUUCAGAUGAAGUUGUUGCAUUUCAGAGCUUACUGUAGUCCUUUCAUUCCACUACUAGUGUUAUUCAAAAUAGCCUUUACCUCAGCAAAUUUUUGCGAGAAAAAAACAUUAUAUCUGUCUACCCAAAUGUGGAAAUUGCAUAUACUUAACAUUACAUGUCUCUGUAGCUGGGGGAGAGUGCACUUUCUCUAAACUUAAAUUUAUAAAAUCAGAAUUACGCUCCCAAAUGCAAGAACAGCAUCUUAACGCUUUAACUCUUAUGGCAAUAGAAAAUGAUAUUGUACAGAGUUUGGAUUUCAGUGAUCUUGUACAUUCCUUUGCAAUACAAAAGUCCAGGAGAAAGUUUUAGACUUGCAGCACUGUUCUGUAAAUGUUCCUUUUAAGCUUUAUCACAACUAAUACAAAAUGCCCAGUGUGUACAAAAAA